ACCGGGUAUUUGACCAGCUGGCGGCGAUCUGUGGUAUCCUAACCGUGAAGAACUUCACCUGCGAGAUCUGCAAUUGUGAUGAGGAUGGCUGGGUACGAAUCGUUAUUCAAAUCCCGUUCGGGCAGAUGCGCUGGGAUCGACGUCUGACGGUCGCGGAUUGGUGGAACAUGAUUGAGGAAGGCUGUCCGCUGUUGAAUGAAGGGCAGAAGAGUGUGGUGUCCGGCUUUAUCAAAAAGAAGAUAAAGCAUUCUGAGUGGCUUCGGGGAUUGUUGAGGCUGAUCGUCCGGGCGUGGCAGACCAACGAUACUCGAAAGAGCAUCACGUAUCUGAAGCCGUCUCCAGUAGCACAGCUGGGUUUCGUCGAUUUCAACCGGCUGACACGACUAACGCAGUAUCUCAUGUACUGUGCUAUUUCCCGAACGACGUUCAACUGCACUGUGACCUGGCCCACCGCGUAG